AUGUCACGCAAUAGAUGCGCCAAUAUUAAAAUUCGAGGCGUCCCGGACUCGAUAGGUCAGGCUGAACUGCCACACUACUUAAGGCAUCUGACCGAAACAUUCCUACCUCACCCUCAGGCUAAAAAGCUCCAGUUUCACGGCUGCUACAGGAUCAAUAAAUCCAGACAGGCCCCAUCCGAUGCCACCCACGACAUAAUCGUACGCUGGAAUACCCUACAAUGGCGGAAGUCCCUCGGCACAGUGAUGGGUCAAUUAAGAGAGGCCAAAGUGGAAUACCGCUGGACUCUACCAAGAUCCACUACCGUGGAUGACAGAAUGCUGAGAAUCACCUCCAUAACAGAUGCUGCAACAUUCCUUCAAACACUGGGACUAGGCCCACAUCCAGACAAGCCCAAUACCUCCUCCAAUACCCAGUCCUGGGAUCCAGCCCGAACGAGGCUGUUCAUACCUGGAAGGGAAGAGAAGCCGGGGUGCAGCGACCUGAAUCACCCUCUCUGUCUCACGCUGUAUUCUUUAAUUAUAUUUUUUGUUCAGUAUUAUAACCGUAAAUUUUAUCUUUUCUCUAAUACCUUAACACAAAGUUAA